AUGGAAGGUAGGUGGUCAUCAGCAUCGACAUCGACAUCAACAUCAACAUCGCUUCAGAGAUGGCAUCUCCCCUCAGAUCAGUCUGCCUCGACGUCCACAACCUCGCCACUGACUCUGCCCUCGUGGACCGGUGGUCUUCUCCCAACAGCUCUCACCCAACAGCAGCCGCCCACGAGGGCAGAAAUCGCAAGAUUCUCAGAAUCGACAAUAUACCCGGUCCAACGACGCCAGCAACUCACGCCAGACGUGCCACCUCUCUCAGAUCCAUACGACCCGUUCUUCAUUCCUCAGUCGAUCCUCUCCGCGGCGCCCGUCUCCCCUCAAUUUCAACCCACAUCCAAGAUCCUCCAGCUCCCGCCCGAGAUCCUCACGCUCAUCUUCGAGAAAGUCAAGAUCCCUUAUUUCCAGAUCUCGCUCGCCCUCACAUGCAAGACGAUGGCCCGCAUCGCGUCCCAAAAGAACGUCAUGUCCCCGUGGCGCGGCUACCGUGACAAAGACGGCCUGUUCCGCCUGCUCGAACGCAAGAACAACAAAUGGAUGCCAUCCUCGCUCGGCUUGUGUCGCGCCUGCUUCAUGUUCAGACCUAGAGACAUUGCUUUCUGGGAGAAGGAGCUGGAGAGCCCCGAGUUCGACUGUAUCUAUGCAAACUGGUACGACAUCUUCGGCUGGUUCGAUCAGUCUUACCAGCAGCAUCGGUGUCCGUGGUGUACCAUCCUGGGAUAUACGGCUUAUUUUCGAGAGGCGCAACUCAUCGAGGAUCGAGAGAAAGGACCACGUACGAGGACCCAGUCUACGUGUCCUCGUUUGGCUAGGAGAAUUGAUCGACCCUAA